GCUCAUCGGCCCACAACCCGCCCCGUCCUCCACCGAAAGACCCGAUCUGGCAACCGCCAUAGCCAAGCUUUCGUGAUCCAUCACUUGGAGAAAGACGACUGUUAGAAAGAAACAACAUUGCAAACAACAUCAACUCUUCAUAAUGAAAAUAAUAUACAGCACUUCAUCUUCAUAACACUGCCGGGCACUAACCCACCAAACCCGGCCGCCGGCAUCCGUCCAACGACGCCGAUCUCUACACGUGGUGAACAACCGGCCUCGGCCCCGGGAACCCCUCCAAACACCUCAACGGCCCGGCCCGGAAAAUUCACAAAGCAUACCUAUCACACAUCAUGACCGCCGCCGCCGCACCGGGCCUCCAACCCCUAACCCUCCUAGCAGGCUUCACCUACUACUCCCUCCUCGGGACCUACCUCGACACGGCCCUCCUCCUCCUCUUCACAGCCCACCGCAACAAGCGCCUCCUCGCAGACCUAACCUCACCCUACGUAGAUCCGCACCUCAUCCGCAACCAACUCCUCCUCCUCCCAGGCUUCCUCCUAGGUUUCGUUUUCUUGCAGAUAUGCCGCUUCCUCCUAGGUCUGAACGCUCCCCCCGCCGCGUCGGAAACGGAAACGCGAAAGUGGAAGACGACGCCGGUGAAGCCGCUGCUGAUCCCCUGUACCACGACGCACAGGCGUACGUUCCCCGAGAAACACGCCUUUGUGUACUCGUACCUCGUCGUCGGCAUCCCCGUCGGGUGGAGGGGGAACUACGCCGGCAUGGUCUCGUGCGACGUCGACGAGGCGGGUUGGCUAUCGUGGUUCUCGCUGGCGCCGCGGACGGUGGGACGGGCGUGGUUUCACGUGGAUCCGGCGGAUUAUCUCGAGCGCGGGAACGGGCACCUCGGGUUGAGGGGGAAGCUUGAUGCGUAUCUCACUUCACAGGGCGCGGAUCCAGCGCAGUAUCCCAACGCAUACCUCGUCACCGCAGCCCGGUUCCUGGGAUACCACUUCAACCCCGUGUCCUUUUGGUACCUCUACUCCAGGGACAAACAGCUGACGGCCAUGGUGCUCGAGGUGAACAACACCUUUGACGAGCGGAGGAUGUACUUUCUCACCACGGACGCCGUCCCGUCAGAACAGCGCCUCGAUGACGGUGGUAGUGGAUUACAAGACGGCAUCGCAGCAGAGUCGGCCUCACGAGACGCAGAUGCGGAAUCCGCCGCCAAAAAGACGCAGCAGAUCAGGAUGACAAAAACCUGGCCAAAGGACUUCCACGUCUCCCCCUUCAACUCCCGCAAGGGAACCUACGCCCUCUCCGCGACAGACUUCUUCUCACCGCCAUCCGAUGCGGCAGGAACCGACUACGGGUAUACCCUCGACAGCACAAUAACCCUCUCCUCCUCAAAACACCACCCCAAAAUCGUCGCCCGCCUCUUCAACUCCGCCCCGGCCAUCGACCCAGCCACCAUGACCCCCUUCCAAAAACUCGUCUUCCUCGCCCGCUGGUGGUGGGUAGGCUUCGUCACCUUCCCCCGCAUCGUCAAAGAAGCCGCCGUCCUCUCCCUCCGCAAGGGACUGCACGUCUGGUUCCGCCCGGAACCCCUGAAAGAGAGCAUCGGACGGAAAGCCGACGCGACGGAGAGCCGGCUCGAGCCCGUGUUUAGGGCCUACCUCCGUCACCUGGUCUCGCAGUCCACGGCCGCGAUCGCCGUCACGUAUAUCCCCGCGGGAAUCUCCUCCACCACAGGAGCAGCAGGAGGAGGAGGAGGCCUGACAGAGACGAUGCUCUCACCCGCCGCCCAAAAGAACCCGAAACGCGCAGAGCACCUCGACCUCAAAGUCCUCACCCCCGUCUUCUACACCCGCUUCGUGCGCUACGCCCACGACCUCGAGGCCAUCUGCUGCGAGUUCCAGGACAACGGCACGCUCUGGAUCUCGCAGCCAGAGGUCCUGCCGAAGCUCAUCCUCAAACAGCCCGCGCCGCCACUAAAGACGACAAACAUCAUGGACUACAUCUACUUUAGAGCCAUACGCGCCCUGCGGCAGAGGCCGGACCGCAUCGAGCGGCCACUGACCUCGGCCACGAAGUCCCCGGGAGCCAAGGACGGCGGCGCCGGCGUCGGCGCUCAAAAAGUCGAUAUUCGCGACUUCCGCAUUUCCUCCAUGGACGGCUUCGUCCUCGGACAUACGGACAGGCAAACGCGGAGCGCGUACAGGUCGCUCGUGCUACGAUCGUUCCUCGCCGACCGCCUGGCGCUGGAGAGCGUGGAGCUCCUGGACUUGCAGCACUUGAUCCUGCGCGCGGGCGUCGCUUGGGUCCUGUCGUAUGCCGUCGCUCCGCUCAUGAGGUUAUGAGAGAUAUAUUUUGAUACGAGUACCGUAGUACUCAGUAAGCGCCAUGCAUGUGGCUCACGUUUUGUGUUGCUACCUACUAGAAACAACGCGCAAUCAGCCGCGCCUGUUAGAAAACCAUAGAGAAGGAGAGAAGAGCUAAGAUGUAACAAGCAGGAGAGACAACUCUCUAAACUUGCUCCAGGUAGAUGACGAUGCCCCUCUGGCUGGACCAGUCCAUCUCAGCCUUCAAUGUAUGUCGUCGAUGAUCAAACAAGGCAGCUAGGUAGUUAGCUGCUCAUAACCUGCAUCGCCCGGCUGGGUUUUCCCCCGUUCCGCAUAUGCGACGAGCUGUCUUCCGUGGCUCGCUGUCAUUGGGGGAGAUCUCUUUUUUUCCGUCUCAGAUAAGCCCGAAGAGAUAAAGUUGAUAGCUCACCUACAUUUCAUCAUUUACCUGCCGUAGUCCGGCGUAUCAUGAGCAGCAAAUGCACAGAGACAUCACACGUCCACACACCGAGCUGCGCUGUCAUGGAUGCUGGUAAGCAGAUCCCUCGAGCUGUGGAUCUUUCCAAUGGUUACAACUGGGUAUUUGAAAUACUCGUCUCUCUUUCCCGUGGUUCUCCCCAACCAAAAAAGCAUAUUUGGCAGGUAGUCUGAUUAGUCCAUGUUGGGGCGGGCGGGCAGUGGACGCCGAAUUGCAUCUCUUUGCAUGCGGUACCUUACCUAGAAGAGGGGUUCCCUUACCUCAUGUCUGUUAGCUUGCAUGGUCCAAGUAAGGGAACGCCUUGCUCGAACUGAGCGCGCGGCAUACGUUCGUACCCUUACUCAGCAUGCCAUCUAAUGUUUAGAUUGUGAAGCGUUUGUGGAAGAGAAGAAAACAAAAAUCUGUCAGAAGGUCAUCUCAUGUUUCAAUCGUUGAUUCAACGUUUUGUCAAUGGCAUCUGGAAUACCUACCUAGCUGUGAUUCAAACGCUGUCUGUGAGGUGGCGCACACUUCCCCGCCCAUGUUUGGAUCCCCGAUUUCCGAGGGACCGGGGAGAAGCUGGUGUGGAGGGGAAGGUCUUUGAGAGUGGACUCAGUGGAG